GCCCUGAAUGCCCAGCAUCUAAUGCAGGAGCACAGCCUCAGGCCCCGUAUAAGACAACUGGGCCCGCACACCAAAGACGCUUAAUGUUUACGGACCCAUUCCUCACCCACAACCAUGGUUUCUCUGAGAGGUCUCCUGAAAAUUUCCCAGCGCCAUCCCCGACCCACUGCGUCGGCAUUGAGAGCGUCCACUGUAGCCCCCGCAUCAGGCUCCCCGUUCAUUAACAAUUCGCAGGGGGCUUCGGCUGCUGUGGCGGAUUUAUCCGAUGCUCUUGGCACUGUUUUUGAUCAGAUUGAUCUGGAUGGCGAUUUGAAUGGCCAGAUUAAUGGGCUGUUGGAUCGACUCGAUCAAGAGGCAUCCAAGUAUAGUAACUCCCAGCUGAAAGAUGAGCACUAUCCUGACUGGGAUUGCUCUCCGGAAAAAGCUGAAUUGAUCUCCAUUGCGUGGCGCUGUGCCCGGGAGGUGUAUGAAACAUCCUCGGGUCUACCUAUUGGCCCUGUUCGUAAUGGGGAGUGGAAACUCGAACCAGGCGAUUGUGUUGUUCCAUCAACUGAUGGGACAAUCAAAGCUGUCUCUUUCAGUCGUGUGUCAUCAGUUGAGAAGGCGACUGAUCACAAGGAUCUCCCUGUGCUAGUAGUUGCUAUUCGAGGGAGUGCUAGUGCAGUCGACCACAUGGUAAAUGCUAACUAUGAGCCGCGGAAUGCAGAUGACUUCAUUGACAUAUCUCGGCUUGCGCCGGAGAACAGCACCAAUCUUCAGGCGCAUUCUGGGUUCCUGAAUAGCGCAAAGGCUCUGGACAAAACCGUGUCACAGGGGAUAAAGAACUAUAUCCGUCAAAAUGCAAGCGAAUACAGUCACGUCUUAUUCACCGGCCACUCAGCAGGUGGUGCUGUUGCCUCACUUUUGUUCCUUCGGCAUAUAGCACAAGAAAGCGUUUAGGUCCGAUUCUCGUGUAUAACAUUUGGGGCACCUCCAGUGGUGACAGUUCCUCUUUUGGAAAGUCCAGUACCUGGAGUUUCCAGCGGA